UCAAUAGGUCUCCUUCUCCUGUCUCCGUCGCCUCUGCUCCUCCACUAUUACUACUACUGCUGCUACUCUCCUCUUUGCACUUCCUCUCUCUUCGUCCUCCCCGCUGUCGGCCUCAGUAUCUGUGUCGCGACUGCGUGCCCCAACCCGGCUGGCUUCUACGCUGUGAUGUUGUGGCUACGCUGUGCGAGGAUGGCGUAAUUGGAGUAUUGGUACCUUAGCGUGCAUCCGCUCUCCAUUUUCGUUCUCUAUCGACUAGAAUGAGGUCAAGUGUUGAUAUUAGGUCUCAUACCAGACAAAGUUUUUCAUAAACGCUCUCUUUGACUUUUUAGGUCCUCUACGAAGUAGUUUGAAAAGAAUUGGCGUGUACUACGUUGCAUAGAAUGCUGUUUCCUGAAAAAGUUUCAUCAGCAUAAGUAGCAAUGACCACCAUCUAGCUUCACUUAGCCAGAUGAUUUGAACCUUUUCUAAUUCUUGAGUAUUGCGAGAGACAUCUAGAUUUCGGAAUCUAGAAGCACGUCAUUGUAUGCAGUGAGGUGUCAUCAGGUGUCACCCGAGGGUUAUAAUUGUGGGAAAAGCGAGAUUUCUGCCGGGUAGUCGGAAAUUGGGGGAAGGUGUUCCGAAAAUUUAUAGAAUAUGGUAAGGAGAGCGUUACUUGUAGGGUGUAACUACCCGGGUGAGCCUUGUGAGCUGAAGGGUUCCGCCAACGAUGUUGAUCGAAUGCAUGUCCUGCUUACGAAGAAAUUUGGCUUCAAGCCCACAGAAAUUUUGGUGCUUGUGGACAUAGAUCCUCGCAGCAGACAGCCAACUGGAGCUAAUAUCCGCAAGUCCUUGCGUAAGCUCGUCGAUGGAGCUGAGCCAGGAGACGUCCUAUUUUUCCACUUCAGUGGACAUGGCACUCAGGUGCCUCCAGAUCGUGGAAGGAGAGAUGAGACAGGUUACGAAGAAUGUAUCGUGCCCUCUGAUAUGAAUCUUCUUACAGAUGAUGAUUUUCGUGAGCUGGUGGAUAGGAUACCUCCUGGAUGUAAUUUCACCUUCAUUGCUGACGCUUGCCAUAGCGGUGGACUGAUCGACAAUGAGAAAGAACAAAUUGGAGAUCGGUAUUCCAUGGGCGAAGGGGGACCGUUAGGAGGAAGACCAAGACCACCACUACGACCCGAAGCAGGUGGUGGAGGCUUAACAGAUUUAGUAGCGGAAGGGAUUGAAGCCUUUUCUGGUGCAGGAGGUGGAAAACAAAACUCUUUCAUGGGUAUGGUUGGUCAAGCGUUGGGGUCACGUUUAAAUAUACGUGGAUUGCCCGGAGAUGAUGAUAGGGAAUAUGAUCCAAAAUUAACAGACCCUUAUGCGCGUCAGCCAGGAUCACCUUAUGAUCGAGGGUAUGCUGACGGUGGUAUACCAUCUGGAUACCCAACCGAAAGGCCGUAUGACAGACGGAAUCCAAUAGAAUCUGAGAUGGGUGGCUAUGAAGGUCGUGGUUCAGGAUACGAUAGACGGGAGGCAAGGGAGCCGGAGCGAUCGUAUGGUAAUAGUGGGUACACCCAGAAGUAUAUGCAAAGAACACCAAUGCAGGCAGCUAGGGGUUUUGCAAAUGAGGACGUUGGGUAUACUUCUACUGUAAAGUAUAUGCAGAGUGGAUUUACCGAACCUCAGACAGGAUAUGCUGAGAGAGCAUUUGGAUAUCCUACAGAAAGGACAUACGAUACGCCUGGGAGUUCAUAUGCUGGAGGUAUUGAUCCGGAGGCGACAUAUGGACGGCCAUUGGAAGAUCCUCGGGGGUAUGGGAGGCCUUCGAAACGAGCUGACGAUGAAUUUAAUUACUCUCCUCGAGGCGCAUCAUACGAGAGGCCUUUGAGAGCCGGUGAUGAUGACUACGGUUACCCAGCACGACCUGUGAGGCCUACUGAAGACGAUUAUCGUUAUUCGUCCGAGGGAGCUUCUAGGAGACUUGAGAAAGGCGGUUAUGGGUAUGCUGAGGAAGACCCUUACGACAGAUAUCAUACGUAUGAUUCAAGGGAGGAUGAUAAACGUAGAUUUGAUAGGGAAGGCUAUCGUAAGGAACAUGAUCGACGAGGAAGGUACGGAGAAGGGAGUGAAUAUGAAGACUCCUCACGUUACCCUGUGAAGUAUCAAUCUGAAUAUUCAGUGGGUAGUGGUAACUACGGCGGUUAUCCAGAUGCUGGUGUACGUUAUGGUGGUUACUUGGACAGUGGUGAUUAUGGUUACUCGGGGAAGCCUCAUCACACACCUUUGAAGAACAAAUCAUUGCCCCUGAACAUUCUGACAUCCAUUCUGAGUCAACGGACAGGACGCAGUGUAAAACCUGGCAACAUUUAUCAGAAUCUUUACGACUUGUUUGGAGAAGAUGCAAGCCCCACGGUGAAGGUCUUUGUUAGAAUAUUGUUGAACAAGUUGGAGGAUUAUGAGGGUGAAGAUGGCGGUCGGAGCCACGGUUUGCUAGGGAAAAUUGGAGGUUUAGCUUCCUCUCUUUUGAAGACCAAAAUUGAUAACGACCCAAGCGGUGGCUACCCUGAAGACCGUCAAGGUGAAGAGUUGAGAAGACACAGACGAAGACAGCGGAGGAACUAUGAUGCCGGCAUUCUAAUCAGUGCGUGUGAGCCUCAUGAGUCUUCAGCAGAUGCUAACCCCACGAACGAUCCCAGAGAUGCUUACGGGGCUCUGAGCAACGCGAUACAGACCGUCAUUGGUGAGUCACGUGGGUACCUUACUAACAGGCAGGUAGUAAUGGCUGCCAGAAGACUUCUAAACGAGCAAGGAUAUAAGCAACAUCCGUGUCUCUACUGUUCCGAUCGAAAUGCUGAUGCCUACUUUCUGCAACCCAUGCCUAUGUAAUAUCUCUAACCGCACUUAGGGUGUAAUUUAUUUAUGAUACACUGCUGAGAUAGGCUCACUGCAGAAGUUGAUCUAGGAUUAUCAACUUUGUAAACACUGUUUAAUGAUCUUAAGCACGUUCCUAUAGCACUUCCGAUGUAUACAUCUCCUAGUCUUAUGUUUAAUUUAAAAUUUCAACUUCAAAAUCCCUCCCCCUUACGGGUGGGAACAUCUUAUCUGAU